AUGCUCUUAUCGAACAAUAAUAAUAUUUUAAUAUCAACUAAAUUAGAUAAAUGUGAUGAUACCUUGAAAUCUGAUAUUCAAUUCACUAAAAAUUAUUCAUAGUCCCCAAAAAUUCCUAUAAGUUUUGAUAUAACAUAUCUCAAUAUUUAAUAAAAGUAAUUAAAAUAAGUUUAGUCUAUUUCCUUUGGAUAAAAUCAUCUCAAUAAAGAAAAUUUACAAAUUAUUACCAGUACAGCUAAAUUAACAACAGAAGAAAGCACUACUUCUUUCCAAAGUGAUGAGUUUAUUAAAUUAAAACAAGAUAAUAAAAAUCAAAUUCUGAAAGGGCUAAAGCCUUUAUUUUUGGAAAUGAAAAUUAUUAAAUAAACUUUUCAAGACCUUGAAAAUCUUAUCAACUAUUCGAUAGAUGCUUAAAACUAUAAUUCAGAGGAUUUUACAAAAUCUCUUUUUCAUUUUAGUAAGGCAAAGUCUACAUUUUAGCAAUUAAAAAACUAAAUUGGAUUAUGGAGAUGUUAUUAUAAUUUAGGUCUUGCAUCUCUUCUAAACAAAAAUUACUAUUUAGCAUAAGAAUAUUUCGAAUCUGCUAUUGAGCUCAGCUUGGAGACUAUAGGGAUCGAUUACCAAGGUAUUGAAAACUAUAAAAUAUUCAAUAAAUCUUAAAAUAAUUAUGAAAAUUAACUUUAAAUAUUGACAAAGAAAAUAUUUUCAAAAGCAUAUUGUUUGAAAUAGUAAGCUUUAUCAUUUUACUACCUUGAUUAAAAUGAAACUAAUGAGUCAUCUAGUUUGCUUAAUAGAAAUUUUUUUAAACAUAAUCAUGACAUAUAAAGAAUAUAGUAAAGAAGCAGCUCUAAUGAAACCCUUUAAUUAUUAAAUUAAUCUUUAAACACAUUUAAAAUUGUCUUGAAAUUUGUUGAAAACAAUUAAUUGAGUUUUUCAGAUAUCUGCAAAAUACAUUUGUACUAAGAAAUUAUAGAGAUAUUCAUAUUUUUAAGAUAAAAUAAUAAUAAAAUUUUUUACAAGUUAAUUGAAAAAGUAAAUCAAAUAAUGAAUAAUUAAAAAUAUUAAGAUAAUAUAAUGAGCGAACCAAGCUAUAUUUCUUCUGUAAAUACUUAUAAAUAAAUUCUUGAAAUCCAAAAAAGUAGAUAGCUAUUUUUGUUAGGGCUAAUUGAAUAAAGUAAAAAUAAUAAUAUUGAAGCAUUUGAGUUAUUUACUUAAAGCAUAGAGGAAGGUAGUCAUUACAGUCCUUAAUUAAGAAAAAAGCUCAUAAUUCACAUGAAAUAAGCAAUUAAUGAUAUACCUUUCAAAAGUUUGGUAUUUGAAACUCAAAAAUAGUUCUUUUACAACAAAAAAACACCAAUAGAUUUAACUAUUGUUGCUUAAUUGGAUUACUGCAAAGAGAACUAUACAAUUGAAAGCAUUCUUUAAAAUAUUUAAAAAACCAACUUAUUUGAAGAAUAAGAUAGGAUUUAGAUCCUAAUUUAUCAUUCGGAAAUUGACAUUUUUAUAUCAUAUACGGUGAUCUAAUGCAGCUAGGAUUGGAAUGUCAUUAUAGACUCUUUAAAAGAUAUUGAAAGAACAAUCAUUAAUGAUAAAAUGAAGACCUAGCUUAGUUGGUAAGAAGCCCUAUUUUAAUCAUUAUAAUUUAUAAAUGAUUUCAGACGACUUGAUCAUUUAGUAUCUUUGAAAUAAUAAUAUUUUGACUCAAAAGUAAUUUAAAACAAUAUUAAUGAAAGGAGUAACCAGAAAUUUUUAACAAAUGAAAUUAAAAAAGUAAUUUUACUUUUAUCUAAUAACUAAGAAAAUGAUCAUGCUAAGUUAAGUUAGAGAUUAAAUAACUUUUAAAAAAUAAUAAAUAAUUAAAAACCAAUAGUUUAUCACUUGAAGGAAUCGACAAGCUAAAAUAAUAAAAAAGAAUUUAACUCUCCUUUCAUUUCAUAUGAGCCUUUGGAAAAUGAGAAUUAAAUAGUUAGUAAAUUAAUACAGUUGAGGAAAGAAGAUCAUCUAAAUGAAGGAUAAGAAUUUUUAUCUAUUCUUUAUAACUUUUGA